AAAUCUGCCCGCUGUGCUCUCGCCGCUGGCCAUGGGCACCGCCGGCUCCACCGCGCUCGCCCGCCUGGGCCUGCCCGCGACCGGCCGGCCCGCCUGGCUGGGGGUGGCGGCGCUGGGGGCGGCCGCGGUGGCGCUGGGGGCCGUGGCCUGGCAUCGCGCGCGCUCUCGGCGGCCCCGGCGGCUGCAGCAGGUGGGCACCGUGGCGCAGCUCUGCAUCUACCCGCUCAAGUCUGGCAAGGGGGUGCCGGUGAGCGAGGCCGAGUGCACGGCUCUGGGGCUGCGCAGCGGUCAACUGCGGGACAGGUUCUGGCUUGUGAUCAAUGAGAAGGGGAACAUGGUGACAGCCAGGCAGGAGCCGCGCCUGCUACUGGUUUCCCUGACCUGCGAUGGGGAUUCGCUGACCCUCAGCGCUGCCUACACUGCGGACCUGCGCCUGCCAGUCAGGGCGCCCCAAAGCAACGCUGUGCACUCCUGCAGAGUGCAUGGCCUGGAGAUCCAGGGCAGGGACUGUGGCGAGGAGGCUGCCCAAUGGAUCACCCACUUCCUGGACACGCAGCCCUGCCGCCUGGUGCACUUCGAGCCUCACAUGCAACUGAGAAACUCUCGCCAGAUCAAGGACAAGUUCCGACCCACAGACCAGGUGGCCUACUCGGAUGCCAGCCCCUACCUGGUCCUCUCUGAGGCAUCCUUGGCCGAUCUCAACUCCAGGCUCAAGAAGAAAGUCAAGGCUGCCAACUUCAGGCCUAACAUCGUAAUUUCAGGCUGUAGCAUGUUUGCAGAGGACUCCUGGGACCGGCUCUGCAUCAGGGACGUGGAGCUGCAGAGGGUCAUGGCCUGUUCCCGGUGCAUCCUGACUACCGUGAACCCUGACACAGGGAUCAUGAGCAAGAAGGAGCCACUGGAGACCCUGAAGAGUUACCGCCUGUGUGAUCCAGCUGAUCAAAAGCUGUAUGGAAAAUCUCCUCUCUUUGGCCAGUAUUUUGUUCUGAAAAACCCAGGAACAAUCUCAGUGGGAGAUCCAGUGUACCUGCUGGGUGAAUGAUAAGAAUCUUCUGCCUGGAAUUGA